CAUCCUAAAAAUCAUCUGCUCAUCUGUGAAGACAGAGCAAAUAAUGGAACCCCAGCCCAUCUAUGAAAAUUAUGGACGCAAAAACUGCAACAAGUCAAGUGAGAGAGAACAAAGCGAAGAAUAUAUUUAUGCUAAUGAAGAGACACCUGCACCUCAAAAUUUGAGUUGCAGACAGACCGAGGCAAAAACCCAAAACUACAAAGGAAGUAGAUGUUUCGUGCUGAGCGCAGUGUGUCUUGGGCUCAUUUGUGUUCUCCUGGUAUCUGGCAUUAUAAUGAUGCAUAUCAAGAACAUGGCAGAGAGAGAAGAAAGUAAUCUGAGAUACAGAAAUGUAGUCAUACAGAGCAACCAAAUACAGGCUAAAUACAAUGAACUAACUGCUGAAAAAGAAAACUUCAUGUUUUUGAAGAGACAGGAUUUGGAGACCAGAGUUGAACAAGUUCAAUCAAACGGGUGGCACUGGUACUUCAUAAACAGUGAAGAGAAGAGCUGGUCUGACAGCAGACAGUUCUGUAGGGAUCAUGGUGGAGAUCUGGUCAUUAUCAACAGUGAAGAGGAACAGAGGUUCAUAUCUUCAUUCAAGCAGAACGUGUGGAUUGGUUUGUCUGACAUCAAGAAAAAGGGCAAAAUGAAAUGGGUGGAUAAUUCACCACUGAAGAAAGGAUUUUGGCCAAAAAAUCCACUUCGGCAUGAAAAGGUCUGUGUUGAAGUGAGUCCAGCAAAAGACGUCCUGAACAACUGGAAUGUUAGUCCAUGCUCAGAGAAGAAAAAAUGGAUUUGUGAGAAUUGGGUUUCAUUCCCUCUUGCCAUGAUAUGAUGCUUUCACAUUUUAUAUGUUAUGGAAUUAUAUGUUAUUGUGAUCACAUCAUGUCUGAUUUAAACUCGUCUUUUGGAGGAAAAAAAAAAUAGCAAAAUUCAUCAUACCUAAUAAACUGCUUUUAAAAUACCAUUUGAUGUUUUAUCAUGUUCUGCAAAGUGCAAAAUUAAGAGUGAGUGCUGAGAUGAGACUUGUUUGAAGGAAAAUGUCAAAUUGAUUAUCUCUUAUUGCUAUAACAAACUCAUCCUUUUCUCAGAGUGAAUCCUGGUAAUCAUGGGACAUUGAGUGAUGUGACACACCUGACCAUAUUUGUUCAUUUCUUGCUCCAUCACAAUCAGGUCUAUGUUAUCAUGACUGUAUUUUUGUUAUAAUGUGUCUCAUAUGUUGGUCUGAGGUGUCAAUCACAGUAAAUUGCAUAUAAACAAAGAGUAAUAAAGUGCCAGAUUCCUUAAUUCACCAAUUUAUUCUGAUAUUGUGUAUACCAGUUAUCAAUUAACUGGUAUGUGAUUUUCUUAAAUAGGCAAAAAGUAAAGAAACUUUCUCUUUUAAUAAAAAUGGUAAAUUGUCUGA